AUGAUACACUUGGUAACAAGUCACAUGACUUUGUACAUAACCACCUGUGGGGGUCCUUACAACACCAUGGAGAAACUGGGGAAAAUCAGGAGGCUGGAGGAAACUCACCUGCAGACCAUUCCAGUAGAUGCAUUCUUAAAUCUGCCAAACAUAUCCAAUAUUUACAUUUCACUAGACACCGCGCUGCAGAAGUUGGAAGCUGGCUCUUUCCGCAGACUCCACAGGGUCGCACACAUAGAGAUCCGAAAUGUCAAGAAUUUGAUGUAUAUUGAUCCAGAUGCAUUCCAAGACCUUCCCUCCCUCAAAUAUUUAGGGAUUUUAAACACUGGCCUCUCACUUUUUCCAGACUUAACAAAGAUUCACUCUACUUCUAUGACUGUCAUUGUGGAAAUUGCAGAUAAUCCUCAUAUCGCAUCAGUACCAGCCAAUGGAUUCCAGGGACUGGGAAAGGAGUUCCUUACGCUAAAACUCUACAAUAAUGGCUUCACCCAUCUUCAAGGACACAUAUUCAAUGGGACCAAACUGGAUGAAGUGUACCUGCAUAAGAACAACCUUCUGGGUGGGCUUCAUGAAGAGCUAUUUUUGGGGGCUAUUAGUGGUCCAAAUUUGUUAGACAUGUCCCAGACAGCAAUCACCUCUCUUCCAACAAAAGGUUUGGAGAAUUUGAAGCACCUUCUGGCCCAAAGCACAUGGACUCUUAAGAAAUUGCCCCCAAUAAAGACUUUUGCACAUUUAAGGAAAGCAGAAUUGUCCUACCCAAGCCACUGUUGUGCUUUCCAGAACUGGACCAAAAAGAAAAGUUACUUGGAGUCAGUAAUCUGCAACCAGUCCACCCUACACAGCCUCAUCAAGAAAAGGUCACUUGGUUUGUUUGUGGGUCCUUACUACCAAGAUUACAUUGAGGGGGAUUCUGAUCAGACAGAAAAUUCUAAGGUCAUCGACUUCCAUAGCAACAAUCACUACUCUGUUUUCUUUGAAGAGCAAGGGGAGGAAGAGGUGGGCUUUGGGCAAGAGAUAAAGAAUGCUCAGGGUGAAAAUACCCCAGCAUUUGAAAAUCACUAUGAAAUCAUCAUAUGUGGGGGCAGUGAGGAGCUGGAGUGCACGCCAGAGCCUGAUGAAUUUAACCCAUGUGAGGAUAUCAUGGGUUAUAACUUUUUGCGCAUUGUUGUGUGGUUUGUGAACCUCUUAGCCAUACUGGGGAAUGUGUUUGUCCUGUUCAUCCUGAUCACCAGUCAUUAUAAACUCACUGUCCCUCGUUUCCUCAUGUGCAACUUAGCUUUUGCAGAUUUCUGUAUGGGCAUCUACCUUCUGCUUAUAGCCUCAGUAGAUGUCCACACCCGUUCUGAAUAUUAUAACUAUGCAAUUAACUGGCAGACUGGGCCUGGCUGUAAUGCUGCCGGAUUCUUUACUGUGUUUGCAAGUGAGCUUUCAGUGUAUACACUGACUAUGAUAACUCUGGAACGUUGGUAUGCUAUCACGUUUGCCAUGCGGCUGGACCGUAAAAUCAGACUGAGGCAUGCUUCAUUCAUCAUGUUGGGUGGAUGGACAUUAUGCUUUUUUCUGGCACUUCUGCCAUUGGUUGGGAUUAGCAGUUACAUCAAAGUCAGCAUCUGCUUACCCAUGGACACAGAGGCAGCUCUAUCUCAGGCUUACAUUGUCUUUGUACUGAUGCUCAACAUCAUUGCCUUCAUUAUCAUUUGUGCUUGUUACAUCAAAAUCUACAUCACAGUCCGGAACCCUCAGUACAAGUCUGGCGACAAAGACACAAAAAUUGCCAAACGUAUGGCCAUACUAAUCUUUACUGACUUCAUCUGCAUGGCACCUAUCUCAUUCUACGCUUUGUCUGCCAUUAUGAACAAACCACUCAUCACUGUUUCCAAUUCUAAAAUUCUGUUGGUACUUUUCUAUCCACUUAAUUCAUGUGCCAACCCAUUCCUUUAUGCCAUAUUCACCAAGGCUUUUCGUAGAGAUGUCUUCAUCCUUCUCAGCAAAUUCGGUAUCUGUGAGCAUCAAGCACAGGUUUAUCGAGGACAGACUGUGUCGGCAAAAAACAGCAGUGGAUCCUGUUGCCAGAGGGAGAGUGGAGGUACUGGGCAGACUCUGGCAAACAUGGCUGAUUUUAUAAAACAAGAACAACCUGAGAGGGCAGUGGAGAACUCCCUCCUCCUGGAAGACAGUAGCCUUACCGUGUUUUAGCACUCACCUAUUAUCAAUAUAUAUAGGACAUUAAGCAACCAAAAUAUGCCCUUCCCUUUAAGCAAA